GCCUGAGGGGGGGGACUUUGGCCGCGCUGCCGCCGGCGGGGAAUGCUGAGGGUGGCCCCCCGGGCCCUGCUGUGCUGCCCCCCGAGAGCCUCGAGAGCCCCCAGAGCUCCAGCACCGCGGGCAGCCCCCCGGCCAUGGCAGCCCCCCCAGUGUCCCCGGGCCCCCCGGGCGGGCUGGUGGCGGUGGCGCAGGUGACGAGCACGGCGGACAAGGAGCACAACUGGCGGCAGUGCUCGGCGCUGGUGCGGCGCGCGGCGGCCGCGGGGGCCCGCGCCGUGUUCCUGCCCGAGGCCUUCGACUUCAUCGGGGACAGUCCCCAGCACAGCCUGGCGCUGGCAGAGCCCCUGCACGGGGACACCGUGCGGCGCUACCGCCAGCUGGCCAGGGAAUGUGACGUGUGGCUCUCCCUCGGUGGCUUCCACGAGCGUGGCCAGGACUGGGACAGCACCGGCCGCAUCUACAACUGUCACCUGCUGCUGGACAGCUCGGGCGCGCUGGUGGCCGCGUACCGCAAGCUGCACCUGUUUGACGCGGCGCUGCCGGGGGCGCCGGCGCUGUGCGAGAGCUCCUUCACCAACCCUGGCCGGGAGCUGCUGCCCCCCAUCGACACCCCCGUGGGCAAGGUGGGGCUGGCCGUGUGCUACGACCUGCGUUUCCCGGAGCUGGCCCAGGCCCUGCGCGGGGCCGGCCAAAUCCUGACCUACCCCUCGGCCUUCACCGUGCCCACCGGAGCCGCGCACUGGAGGUGCUGCUGUGUGCCCAUGCCCCCUGUGUCCCUCUCGCACUGUCCCUGUGGGUGCUGCUGUGUGCCCAUGCCCCCUGUGUCCCCCAUGUCCCCCUUGGUGACAGCGCUGUCCCCGCAGGUGCUGCUGCGUGCCCGUGCCAUCGAGUGCCAGUGCUACGUGGUGGCCGCGGCGCAGACCGGCCGCCACAACGCCAGCCGCGCGUCCUUCGGCCACUCGCUGGUGGCCGACCCCUGGGGCACCGUGGUGGCCCAGUGCCACGAGGGGCCGGGGCUGUGCCUGGCCCACAUCGACCUGGCCUACCUGGAGCAGGUGCGCCGGGAGCUGCCCGUGCACGGCCACCGCCGCGGGGACAUCUACGGGGCCCUGCCGGGGACGCCGGGGACACCGGGGACACCGGGGACGUGAGACCCGCCUGGAAAUUGCACUGGGUUUGCUCUUCUGUGCCCAGAGGGGGAUGGCACCACGUGUGCCCCCUUUCUGUUUGGGGGUGUCAAAUUUCCGUCAAUAUAGCCCUAAAUCAGCCCCAAAUCUGCACCAAUUCAGCCCCAAAUCUGCACCAAGUCAGCCCAAAGUCAGCCCCAAAUCUGCACCAAUUCAGCCCCAAAUCUGCACCAAGUCAGCCCAAAGUCAGCCCCAAAUCUGCACCAAUUCAGCCCCAAAUCUGCACCAAGUCAGCCCCAAAUCAGCCCCAAAUCUGCACCAAAUCAGCCCCAAAUCUGCACUAAGUCAGCCCAAAGUCAGCCCUAAAUCUGCACCAAGUCAGCCCAAAAUCUGCACCAAGUCAGCCCCAAAUCUGCACCAAUACAGCCCAAAUCUGCACCAAUACAGCCCCAAAUCUGCACCAAUACAGCCCCAAAUCUGCACUAAGUCAGCCCAAAGUCAGCCCUAAAUCUGCACCAAUUCAGCUCAAAUUAGCCCCAAAUCUGCACCAAUCAGCCCCAAAUCUGCACCAAUUCAGCCCCAAAUUAGCCCCAAGUCUGCACCAAUUCAGCCCCAAAUCUGCACCAAUUCAGCCCCAAAUCUGCACAAAUACAGGCCAAAAUCUGCACCAAUACAGCCCCAAAUCUGCACCAAUUCAGCCCCAAAUCUGCACCAAUUCAACCCCAAAUCUGCACCAAUUCAGCCCCAAAUCUCCAUCAACUCAGCCCCAAAUCAGUCCCAAAUCUGCCCUUUUAUUCCCAAAAUGGAACAGCACAACAUGUCCCCCCUUUCUCUUUGUGGGUGUCAAAUUUCCAUCAAUUCAGCCCCAAAUCUGCACCAAUUCAGCCCCAAAUCUGCCCUUUUAUUCCCAAAAUUGAAUGGUAGAAUGUGUCUCCCU